AUGUGCCUUAUCGAUGUUUUUGGUAUGACUAUACCUGCCACUAUGGCUGCCAAUAUUGGUGAUGACAUUAUAUCAUAUUUAUUUAGAUACCCAACUACAAUUUUGAAACCUCAAGAAGCUGCUCAGGUUGAACUGCUUAUAUAUACUUUAACUGCUUUAAAACCGAAAUUGGUUGCAUCAAGAGUAUUUAAAGUUGGAGUGAGCCUUAUUGCAUCUAUUUCUGGAGCCGUUGUUACGUAUAUUUUGGUUGCUUUGCAAUUACACCAGGCUUUUAUAAAAAAUUUAAAAAACAUUGAGGCAGCAAGACAUUAA